AUGCUGACGUUGCAGAUGGCCUCCUCCACCUCCUCCACCGCCUCCACCCUCACCACCACCGCACGCCCAAACCCCAUUUUCACUGGUACCGUUAACGGUAACGCCCCCUUCAACACGCCCACCAACAUGGACGUCCUCAAGGGUUUUUACGGACCCCUCAUCCACGAUGGCAACACCGAUCUCCUUUACACGUCUGAUGUUAAGGAUUACUACCUCUUUGAGGCGCUGUCGAUUGCUGACCAGAGCACGGUCGACCGUAUCCGCUCGAGGCGGGCCGCGAUUCACCAGCUCCUCCUCGACGUCGGCCCCGUCCUCUGGGCGGCCGUCGGUGCUGGUGGCUUCCGUGGAGACAGGGCGGGAACCAUCCUUUCAAACAUCAACCUUGCGCGCGGAGUCUGGACGACCAAGGUGGGCGACCGCCUCAAGAGUCUCAUCGCGGAAGGCGACAAGAACGCGGCCAAGCCCGCCGCCCAGCAGACGUGGAUCGCGACCUUGUCCCGUGCUGCCCAGCUCCAGCGCCUCAAGGCUACCGGCUGGACCCCCGUGGCGGGCCCCGCGCACGUCAAGUGUGCUGACAAGUACUCGCUCGAAGGAAUGCUGGCGACGGCCACCGCUGGUCCACGCCUUGAGCUGGCCAUCGAUGGUGGCGCCAACCUCGUCCGCGCCUCGGAUGGUGUCUCCGCCGGCUACACCCUUAAGUGCGACGCCACCGCCAUGGUCGCGUUCUUGGGUGACGGGAUGGUCGUCGAGGGCUUUUGGACGGAGAACGGAGCCAACCACGGCUGGACUCUGCACACGACGUACGACAACACCGUCGUGCCCCUCUCCAAGGCCCUUUCCCUCGCGGCUAUUGCGCGUGCCGUCAGCGGUGCUGCUCUCGCCCCGCCCCAGGAGCACCUGUUUGUCUUUGAGCGCCUUUGUGAGUCCUCGUACAGAGAGUCUUGA